GGAGUAUUUACAACAAUGGCGUCUUAGCUACGGUAAUCAGCAGUUUGCUGUAACAACCUAUCAUCAUGGCAAGAACAAAGCAGACUGCUCGUAAACAAACAGCUGAUCCAGAGAGCCCUCAAAGAAAGGACCUGGUAGACAAGUUCAACAAUGAGAAACGUCUGGAUAUAUCACCAGUUAUUAAACAAUUACAAGAGGACAAGUGGUCAUCGGUGGUAUCUCUGAACUUCUCUGGUGUGGAACAGAUAACAGAUACCUUUCUCCUGGUGUUGAAGCGAAAUGAGAAGGGCAUGGCAAUGCACUUCUUAGAAAACCUUAAUCUUUCUGGUUGCUGUAACAUCACAGAUGAAGGAAUACGUUGGCUUUCAGAAACUGAAAUUUUGGAAAUGGAGAAUAUUGUACUUAAAGGCUGUAAACAGCUGACACACAGAAGCAUUUACAGAUUGGUGGAGAAAGACAAAUUCAGGGAGGAAAUCGACAUGACUGCUACAUCUUGUGCAUUCUUCCCUGGUCAAUUACCAGUUCUGGACUAUGUGACCAAUGUGACCAUCAAAAGCUGCCCUCUGGUAUCCCCAUUCUACUAUUUGUACAACCGUUGUGACAAGUACUCUGCCUUCGUCGAGAUGUACAAAGACAAAGACUUUGUUGCCUACCCCCACCACAAGUUGCUGGUACUGCACAGUCCAGACUGUGAUAACAGACUGGGACUAUUCACUGGAACACUACUGGACGGCGACCUCACUGUACAGAGGGGCUGGAGGGCUGAGACAGAGACAUCAGACUUCUUCAACGUGUUUGAAGUUGUCACAGGAAACGGCACAGAAAACCUAGUCCUUGGUAACGGUUGUAUCAUCAUCCUUCCCUUCAUCACAUCAGAUGACAAGACAGCUAUCAGUCUUGCCUCACACAUUAUCACAGUACUGGCACAGUACCCAGAGAAUGUGUUUGUGUUGGCCAGUUUGACCACUGACAGCUCACUGAAGAAAGUAAGGGAGAAAGUGGUUGCUAUUCUCCAAGGUUGGAAAAACUAUGUGUCAGGCUCCAUCAUAUACAAAAGUGGAACUGAUACCAGGGCUUUGACGGAGUGCACAUUUGCUGAUGAAAUGCAGAUUGGAUUUAGUCAGACACUGUUGGACAAUUUGAAUACAUUGAUAUCUAACCCUAAACUCCUCCUUACCGUGAGCAUUGAUCAGAACCCGCAGCUUUCCUCCUUGGGAAGCUUUGGAGGCUUGAUUAAGGGCUCUAAGGACUCGAAGCAUUCCUACUUGGUAUCUGCCAUGAAAAACCUUGAAAAGCUGUUUCCUUGGCACAUGUCCACUUUUAUGCAAGGACCUGUUGAAAAUUUGGACAUGAUGACCAAAAACUUUUGCAGCAUUUUGCCAUUAAUCUGUCCGCUGUCAGAGGUGAAUGAGGAUGUAAAGGGGACCUACAACCCCUUUAAUAGAUAUGAUGGGACAGAGGCUGCUGUGCAAAUUCUACAUGACAGAGGUUCCUGUGUGUUCUUUCCUCAUGUUGCCAAGAAACCUACUAUGCCUGACAUCACUGCUCUCCCCACUGUUGCCAAUCUGACAGGAAAAGCCCCUCACCGUGCCUAUAUACAGGGGCUAGGACCGGAUGUGCCCUGCUGGAGGAAAGAUGACCUUAGUUCUCUGAAUGAAACCAUCGGGAAACAUGAUAAUCUCCUUCUAAGUGUGCUGAAAAAACAGGGAUUGCUGUUUCAAUUUCCAUGCUCCCUCAGCAAUCCUGAAUUUACAGACACAGUCCUGUAUGUGUUGACACAGGACCUACCUGACAGCCCUUACCUACCCUUGGACAAAGUAUGGCCAACAGAUUUAUUAGAGGGAGAAGAACAGAGAGAUUCGUACAUGACGUUUCCAGCCCUGCCUUCCUGGGUGCUGCCCUGCUUCCUCAGGAAGCUUCAGGAAAUGUCCCCAGUGUUGUUGAUGUGGAGGACGGGACUUGUGGUUCGCCAGGGUCCUGUCAUGGUUCUGGUGAAGCUGAUCAGCAACAUGGCCUGUAAGGUUUCAGAUUUGCCAGCACUGGUGAUCAGUGCGCGGGUGAUGCACAGCAACAUGCGAAACACUCUUGCUCUCACAUUCAACAAUAUUAGAACAAUGCUGGACGCUAUGUUGCAGAAAAGGAAGAUUUUCGCUGUGAAAAGUGUUUGUUGUGAGAGUUGUAAUCCAACCAGGAGUCCAAAGCUUGCCCUAAGUACUGACUGUUGUCAGGUGAAGGAGAUGGACAUCAGACUAAGUGAGAGGCCGGUCACUUGUAGUAAGACUGGCUCAGGGAUAGUCAUCACCAAGGAGACAUUAUCUCCCCCAGGUCUGAGCUGGACUGACCACAUCCCUAACCACAAAUACAUGUUGAUGAUGACACAAGGCUUUACCAAGAAACUGACCGUCUCACCUCGCUGCUUUCUAUGUAACAACUGUUGUCUGAGGGGUAUCCACUGCCCUGAGAACCUCAAGCCAGUGAUCUCCAGUAGACUAUGUAACUGUAAGCUGGAGCAGAGUCUGUGUGUCUAUUGUGGUGUGUGUGACCACUGCCUGUUCCAGUUCACGGAAGCCCAUGCCACUGUCCAGCCCUCAUUCCAUCAACCAGAUGGGGUCACCGACUCGGGUCAGAGAGCUGGAAGUCAGGUGACUUUUUCUGCUGGGCAGCAGUACAGCCUCCCCGACCCCCUGUGUCUGGGGUACAAUAGACGCCUUACCAUUCUUCUUGACAGUGGUAAUGAGUUCAUCGUAAAGGUUCAGCAUACAAUACCGAAAGGCCCUGUGUUUACCCUGACCUAUAUGAUUAGUACGGGGAAGAUGACAAUGGACGAGGCAGAGUGUACAGAUACAGUUGACGGAGAGAAGUUGUGUGAAAGAUAUGACAGGCUGGAUUUCCUCAUUGUUUCAAAUGAUACUGAUCAAUUUAGAAAGGAACUACAAAUAAAGAAGAAUGGAAACAUCAUCUUUAGAAAUGACGUUGAUGAUAUCGGUAGGACUCGUGUCGAUGUAACAUCAGUGAAAAAUGGCAGCAUUUUUGUAUACACGCCCAACCUCAUACGGAUGGAAAAGAUUGACACGAAGAAUAAAGAAAACUUCAUAGCAGGUCCUGUCGUCAAGUGCUGUGGCCCAUUUCCUACAGUGCUGGAGAGGAGGAUUUCCGUGAUGAUCCCAGUCUUGGAGAGUACUCUGUUAAAUAACAGCUCAGGGGAACUAAUCUUCACCGGAACUGCAGGUGUGAUGUUGCCUAAAGGACUGACGUGGGAGGCUGUGAUGUGCCCCACCCCAAGGCUGUUAAGGCAACCAGAACUCUACCAUCCAAUAUGUCUGAUCAAUGUACAUAAACCUACGGAGCAGGAACACAAUUUCAACUGGCGUCAUCGAUCCAAUCUCAUGCACCUGGUAAAUGCUCAAGGCCACAUGCUGUCUGUUUCUGAUGAAACCAUUGAACAACUGAUUUGGGGCUGGCACUGCCUACUGACACAGUACCCAUUGUUGGACCUACCACCAGCAUAUGAUCAGCUGUUUCCUGAGCUUACAUCUUCAGCAGGGGAAAACGACCACAGGGAUGAACUGAUUGGACAAGGUGUACAGGAAGUGAUGAGACUGUAUACCAUACAUAAGCUCUCCUCCUAUGGAGAUAAUUUUGACAAAGACAAUAUUCUGAGUAUUACUUGUACUCCGAGUAAAAAGGGAGGGCAACCCCGACCAUUCUUGAACUCCAGUGCUAAGCAUCUUCAGAGCAUUGUGAGUGACAACCCAGAGAGGUUUGGCCUCUCUAGUUUUCACAAAAAGCGACUAUGGUUUGUGUGUCAAUGUCAUGCAGCCUGCCAAUCUCCAAGUACAUGUGGCAAUCUCACAGAAAUCCCAAAACUGGUUUUUAGUGGUAAUCCCAGGUUGUUGACAAGUCUGAAGCUUCCAGGUAACCGCCUCACUUCAAUCCCUCCUGACACCUUCAUCAACCUCCAUCAUCUCACAAAACUAGACCUAAGCAACAACUACAUUGAUGUUCUCCCAGAAUCCAUAGGACAAUGUAAGAACCUGUUCUUUAUCACUGUGGAGAAAAACAACCUAGUGGAUCUACCAGCCAGCCUGGCCAACUGUAGUCAGGUCAAGCAGGUACAUAUCAGUAGCAACAGGAUGCAAAUGCUGCCCCCUGUGCUAGUAAAAAUGAAGGGGAUAAAACAUCUAUUUGCCUGUAACAUGAUGCUGACAAGUCUACCAGAGGACAUUGGAGACAUGCCUAACUUGAUGUUUUUGUUACUGAAAGGAAACUGCUUAACAAGUCUCCCAAAGAGCUUUGGUAAUUUGCAAAGUCUGACAACCUUAGCAGUUACAGGUGUGAAGUGGAUACAGAACCAAGCCAAGCACUUCCUCUCCAAGUCUCACUUCCUCAAGUUCCUGGAGGAAAAAAGCAUCAAGAGAUGGAUUGAUGCUCAGCCAGAGAAGCUUUCAGAAGACCGUCUGUACCAGUUGUUUGAUCUGGAUGGCAGUGGUACACUUGACACUUUAGAGAUAGCCAGGCUCAACGCUGUGGUGUUUAAACUCUUCCCCAGAUUUGGAUACAAUGGACAAGAUCCUCCAGAUGAUACCUCUCUCAGUGGGUUUCCUGAGGAGAUCUUGGCACUAAAGAACCUGAAGUCUCUUGACCUUUCAUACCAAGGGAUAGUCCAUGUACCUCCAGGGAUUAGUAACAUGGAGCACCUGUCUUCUGUUACACUGUCCCACAAUCCUCACCUGUUGUCCAUUGCAGCAGAGGCUAGUCUGUGUCCGCUCACUCGAUUGGUUGUUGAUGAAUGUCCACUACUAAAAACACCACCCAAGGAGAUCCGAGACAGAGGCUUUAAGACAAUGAUUGGUUAUCUGUCUCGCUUAUUGAGGGGGUCGGUGGACUGUAAAAGAACAAAGCUGAUGCUGGUGGGGUUAGGAGGCGCUGGUAAAACAAGCUUGGUGAGAGCACUGACGUCAACUGAUCAACGGUCAACUUUAACAGGAGCAGAUGCCAUAACAGAUGGUAUCGACAUUUGUACCUGGGAUGUAGAUCACCAAGGAGACAAGAUAUCUUACAGCGUGUGGGACUUUGCUGGUCAGACUGUCUACUACAACACUCAUCAGUUUUUCCUGUCAGACCGUGCAGUGUAUCUGUUGCUAUGGAACACAAGACUUGGACAUGAGCAUGCUGGUCUAAAGUUCUGGCUCAACUCUAUCAGAGUACACGCCCCUAAAGCCCCAAUCUUUGUGGUGGGCACCCACAGUGACCAGAUGACCAAGAUGGAGUUACCUGUUGAUGACAUGCGCCAAAAAUACCACCAAAUUGUUGGCUUCCAUUUUGUCAGCUCCAAGACAGGUGAUGGCAUACCUAACCUCCAGGAGGCUUUGUUCAAAGUGACCAUCCAGCAGGAAUACAUGGGAGAAAAGAUUCCUCACGCUNUCCCCAUGUAUAACUCAAGUAAGGCCACAUCCUCUGUGUGUAACUCAAAGAGAGAACCAAAGACAAAGUGA